UCCGACUCGUAAGAACGAUUCGUUCACGAAUCGGACAUCGUUAAUCAGGAGAGGUCUGUCGCCAAACAACAACAUUUUAGUGCGGUAAACCAACAAUGGGGACCCGUGACGAUGAAUACGAUUAUUUAUUUAAAGUGGUGCUCAUUGGAGACUCUGGUGUGGGGAAGAGUAACCUGUUGUCUCGUUUCACUCGGAAUGAGUUCAACCUGGAGAGCAAGAGCACCAUUGGUGUGGAGUUCGCAACCCGCAGCAUCCAAGUGGACGGCAAAACCAUAAAGGCCCAGAUCUGGGAUACAGCGGGACAGGAACGCUACAGAGCCAUCACAUCAGCAUACUACCGGGGUGCAGUUGGAGCUCUUUUGGUCUAUGACAUUGCAAAACAUCUGACUUAUGAGAAUGUGGAGCGCUGGCUGAAGGAGCUGCGGGAUCACGCGGAUAACAACAUUGUCAUCAUGCUGGUGGGCAACAAGAGCGAUUUGAGGCAUCUCCGGGCCGUUCCCACUGAUGAGGCUAGAGCUUUUGCAGAGAAGAACAAUCUCUCCUUCAUCGAAACAUCAGCUUUGGAUUCCACAAAUGUGGAGGAGGCAUUUAAAAACAUACUAACAGAAAUCUAUCGGAUCGUAUCACAGAAGCAGAUUGCUGACAGGUCCAUGCACGACGAGUCUCCCGGCAACAACGUAGUGGACAUCAGCGUGCCGCCCACUACUGAUGGUUUAAAGGGCAACAAAUUUCAGUGCUGUCAGAACCUGUGACCCCACUUCCCCCAGCUCUACCCCCACCCUUGGGCUUCAGUUCCCCUCUAUUUAUCUCGGCUUUGCUCCUGUGUGUUGUGCUAUGGCUACGGCUCUUUCCUCUUUUUACCUCGUUGUGAUUUCCACGCUAAUUCUAGACAUCCCUUAGAAGCGUGAAUCUCUAGGUAACAUUCCUUUUCCUUGUUUUGGGGGGGGGGUUUUGUUUGUUUGUCCCUCUUUUUUUUUUUUUUCUUUACUAUUAUCCACUGUCUGAAUUCACGUUUUCCUUGGAAGUGAUUAUUUGGGCGCUGAUCGUGUGAUCCGCUCCUACGGAAAAGGGAUGGUGAGGGAUCAGUGUGUCUUCGGCUUCCUCUGAUGGUUAUUCUCUGGGAUCCACACUAAACGCCCACCGUCUGUUGAGCCAGAUCCCUGACUUGGGAUAAAAGGGCAAGUUUUUUUUUUUUUUGAAGAAGAAGAAGAAAAUAAAAAAAUCAGAUUCGUCUUGGAUCGUGCGGAUACCAAAGGAGGGCUGCUGUCAUCUUUAUUUCAAUUUGUAAACAUUUCACGCGUCACACCUCUAGUCCUAUCCUGCAAUAUUUUACGCCAGGGAUGACCGGUGUGAAGUUGUGCAAUUUGAUCAACGCGUUCAAAUUGCCGUAUAUAUAGCAGUUAUGUGAAUGCGUCUAUUAAGCAUUUCAUGAAUUGAGAAAUUAUUCAAAUAACAGUUAUAUAUAUAUAUAUAUAAUGUAUGUAAACUAUUCAUUGCAUUGCUGAGGUAUUAUAGCUCUUCAGUAGGAAAAUGCAAUGGUGCGCAGUGUUUUAGAUGGUCAGUUGUUUCACCGGUCUGUGAAAGUCCAUAUAUAUAUUUGAUUGUUUGACUAAGUCAUAUGGCUAGUUUGGAAAUGCCUUAUGUUUUCCCAUACUGUGAUUAAGAUGCCUUUUUCGAGUGUGGUUAUGUGACAUUUACACAUCCAUGAAGUCACAACAGCUGUUUUGCCUUUAUCAGGUUACAUUAAAAUGGAAAAUAAACCAAAUUACUGUCACAAUUGCAGUUGUGAUUUUUUUAAAAUUUAUUUUUGGACUCCAUAUUGCACAAUAUGACAUGUCUGUCUGAAUCUGUACCUAGAAUAAAUGUCAUGUGUCACAUGGUU